AUGUUGAAGAACACUAUCAAACCGCCAGAAGUGUUAACUGUGGAUUUGCUUAUCGAAAGACUAGAAAGCCAUGAGCUGGAGAUCAAGAAAUCUAAAGUCAAUAAUUCAGCCUAUCAGCAGAAUGUGGAGCUGUACUACAGAGUAAAUCUACCAAAGACUGGGUCUCCAAGAACAGUGUUUUCUGCAGAAAGUUCAAAUACUGUGAAUCAUGAAACACCUCAUAGUGGUUUCCACAGUGGAUCUUCUUCAACACCUUCAAACCAAUCUGCAUCAAAGAACUUAUUUCAAUGUAACAUCGCUGUAGAUUUGAAGAAUGGUCAAAAUUUCAGCGAAGAAUCUGCAAAGCAGCAGAUGAGCGAGCUGCUACCUGAGGAAGACGCAGUAGGUUAUGCGUUUGUUGCAAAAGAAGAAGUCAAACCGUUCAGAGACACCAGAACAGAAGCAAAUAAAGCAAAUGAUAGAAGACAGAGAGCUGAAUGGAAAAUGAUGAGACUUUCUCGUGUACACACUGAAGCAAAGAGAGCAAAAAGAUGGGAUGCAGAUAGAGAAUGUUACCUUGAUCCUGAAGGAAACAUUGCUAUUGAUCCAAAGACUCUUAGUCUUGAAGCUAUGACUGUGGAAUUUGCUAAACUUGAAGAGUUUCAACAGAGAAAAUGGUGGGGAGGUGGUGAAGAGAAAGAGAAAGAGAAAGAAAAAGAGCAGGAGCAAAAGCCAAAGAAGAUAGAUGAAGGGAUCAUUGAUACUUCACUAGAGUUGAACGCUGAAAACUUUGGAAAGAUGGCUGACAAGGUCAGUUCAAAUGCGUCAUCAAGUGAGUCAGGUAAGAAAGUCAAAGAUGACAGUGACUGCAAACAUUGCAUGAAAAACUGCAAAGUUUGUAGUACACAAGCUUAUCUCAAAGAUACGAAGGUUAAUGAUCUGACAAAGAGAGUCAGAAAGGUUGAAGAUCAGAUUCUUGAUCAUGACAAAAUGCUCAAAUUUUCAAAUGAUCAAGUUAAAAAGUUGACUGAAAAAAUUGACAAUGAUAAAAUUGAAGUAGAAAGAAUUAGGAGAGAAAAUGAGAAACUAAUUCAUGAAAACCGUCAACUCUCAGAAAAUUUUAACAAGUUAAAACAAACAAUUCAAGAUUCUGAUGAACAAAACGACACAAUUGAUGUCACGUUCACUUCUUCUUCCGAUGAGGAUAGUGUUCAAACUGACGUUGUAAAAAGUGUGGUUUAG